AUGACAGACUGUAACGCAGUAUCCACACCCCUGGACAUAGGAACGAAACUUGUCAAGGGCAACGCGUGGGAAGAUUCAGAUGGUGAGAAACCUCCUUACCGGGAACUUGUGGGGUGUAUUUUGUACUUAUCAAUAUCGACACGCCCAGAUAUUUCUCAUGCCGCGAGUGUUUUAGGUCAAUUCAAUAACUGCUUCAACAGAACACAUUGGAACGCUGCCAAAAGAGUACUCCGGUACCUUAAGGGCACGAGUGACCUAGGAAUCCUCUACACACACGAAAGAAGUGAUCUUGCCGGCUACGUUGACGCAGAUUGGGCAGGAUCAACUCACGACAGACGCUCAUUCACGGGAUUUGCCUUCAUCUUGAGUGGCGGUGCAAUAGUCUGGGACUCUCGGAAGCAACGCAAUGUCGCACUGUCAACAACGGAGGCAGAGUAUAUGGCCAUGGCGGAGGCGGCCAAGGAAGUCGUUCACCUUCGUCAUUUUCUCGUAGAACUCGGGCUGAAUGACGUUAACUCGAUAACUCUCUUCGUCGACAACAUAUGA